AUGAAUGUUUUAAAGCAAGGUCUCCAAGAGCUUAGAAAUCUCUUUAACACUAAACAAUAUAUAAAAUGCAGUGAGCUACUAACAAGGCUUAAGAUUGCACUUUCAGAGGAAAAUUUACUUGUUCCUGGAGCUCAUUUAGAGGUUAAUGAUAUGAUUCUUGCACGUGAAAUUUUCGAAAUCGGUGCGUAUACAUCUUUGCGUUUAUCAGAUACAGAGGCGUUUGUACGUUAUACGUCACAACUUCAGCCAUAUUUCUCUAAUCCAUUGCUUUCAAAAUUACCAUUAUCACAACACCAAUCAUUAUUAACAGGGCUUUGGCUGUUAAAUUUACUUGCUAAGAACUGUAUUGCAGAGUUUUAUACAAGUCUUGAGACCUUGCCUACAGAUAUGAUUGAAUAUGACAAGUAUAUUUCAUGGGUAAUAAAACUUGAACAAAGUAUUAUGGAAGGAUCAUAUGACCGAGUAAAAAAAAUGUUGAUACAUUGCCCUUCUCCAGAGUAUGAGAUUUAUGUUAAUAUGAUUAUGGAUUUGGUUAGGAACGAAAUAGCAAAUUGUUUAGAAAAGGCAUAUACAUCACUUCCUUUGCAAAAUGCAGUUGGACUGUUGUUUCUAUCAAAUUUAAAUGAAAUUAUAGAAUUUUCUAAUAAAAAAGAAUGGCUUAUACAAAAUGAUAGAAUUUAUUUCCCGGAUAAAGCGUCAGAAUCUGUAGAUGAAAUGUUAAUUGAUGAUCAAACAGGCUCUUUUAAAUUUAAUGGCAUCAAAUCAGAAACACCUAAUUUAAAUUUUGUUCAGCAAAUACUUGGAUACGCAGAAGAAUUAGAACAAAUUGUUUAAUAAUGUUUUUAAAAAUAUAAAUCACUAAUUUUAUAUUAUCUAUUUUCA